UGAACUCAGAAAGCUUCUGAAGACAUUAAUAACUACCUUAAUAUAGACACGAGAGAAUGUCUCAUUAGACCCAAACAAAAUCUUUUGUUCAGUGGGUUUGGACUGUGAAAAGGAAGGUGAUUAACAUGAUGCUAACACAGUGGAACUUUCUGGAAAAAAGGUUUAACUUAGAGGUUAACUCAUGAUUCUUCAUUCCAAGUUCCAGACAGACAUGUCUUUAUGAUCAUCUCAGCAAAGCAGUGUGAGACAGUGAGAGGACGAUGGGUUGGUACUGAUUACUGUCAAACAGAGGGCAAGUGACAGAGCGUAGGAGGGUUCAUACAUAAAGCUAAAACCUUAUUAUCAUAAUAAAAAUCACCCCUGUCCCUUUCAAAUUAAACAUUUACAGCUAAACAAUCAACCAAUUGUUUAUUUUCAGGGAGAGUGACCAAAGUAAGAGGAAAGCACUCCCCAAGUCUUAUAAAAAUGAAUAGGAAACAAACACAACCACCGAGUUUUAGUACUGGAACCUCUGAUAAGAUGGAUGACCAAGUGCCCAAUCUCACCAUUGUGCUCUGCAGUUCUGCAGUUGACUUUGGAGAUCAGAACAUUCUGCUUGGACAAGAGCAGCCACCUUUAGAGAAAGCUGAUUUCCCUCUAAUUGCACCCAAACCAAGGAUGGUAUCAGGGUGUAACGUAUCUGUAAUCAAAAUACUUGGCUUGCAAGAGGCCGAACUUUAUCUGGACAUUGUAGACAAGAUUAUUGCCCACAAUAAGAAGUGUGGAGACAGAUGUCACACCUGCAGCAAGAGCAUGAACAACCAAUCAGAGAUGAGAACACUGCUGGAGAAGAUUGACCAUCUGGUCUCUGAAAACAAGCAGUGCUGCUACACUGCUGAGAUGUAUAAGACUGCACUUUCACUUAGACAAGACAUGCAAGACAUCCAAAGCCAGCAAUAUGACAGACGAGAUCAGUAUGAAGGAGUUGAGCAGCUCUUUAAAAGACUUCAUCUACUGGAAAAUCUAAAUCACAAAAUGAAACCCACAGAUAUUCUUCAAAUAACUAAACAGCCAUUAGAAUGCCAAGAGCCUGGUAGACAUUUAGUUCAAACCUUCCUACAGAAGCUCAUGAUGAUGGACUACAGAGCAAGAUACUUUACUGCAGAUGAUGAAACCAAUGGACAUUCAAUAGAUGACAUUCAACUAGAUACUGAGAAUGAAGACUAUAACAGCCUUUCAGAUUUUUUUGAGACAAAUUCAACAACUCCUGAUGAUGUAAACAAAGAACAUCUUAUUCAUCCCAUGGAUAUCCAGAUGGCAGUUUUCCACUGCUCAGAUAGUUUCCUAAAGCAGCACAUAGUGACUAAACUGUCCCAGUGUCAGUAUGCUCUGCCUUUACUAGUGCCUAAUCCCUUCACCAGAGAGAUUGAGUUUCCUCUUUGGGCAUUUAGACACAUCAAGAAGAGUUGGAAGACCACUGACACCUCUGGUAAAAAGACCACUUUAGAUAAACCAAUUUAUGAUGCUGAAACUCCAAUGUUGGCAUUUUUCAGGCUUGGCUCUGUGUCCCUAUCCAAGUCUCAUCUGAUGAACAGCCUGAUCAAUGAAAGACACAACACCUUCUUUGACAGACACUGCCCAGGCAGCAGCAGAAACUGUUUACUGAUGGAUGGACUGGUGGAGAUUGCCUGGUACCUCCCAUCUGGAACAAACAACGAUAUUUUCAAUGAUUGUGUAGCAUUCUGUAAUCUCCGUGGUGAUGCAAAAACUAAUAAGGAACAACUGGAGAUUCUGGUUGGAAAGUCAUCUGCGAAUAUUGUAUUUUUAGAAGAACAAGAAGACACUACAAAUAAUUCAAUAUUGCUUAAACUAAUUAAAAGUGAAACACCAUUAGUUUGCUUAGUAUCUAAGCAAUCAGGUGCUAAUUCACAGAGAAACCUGAAAUUCAAAAUUUGUCUUGAAAACAGAAAUCAGCAUCAAAUAAUAACUGAUCUCAAAAGAAUAAUCAAAACUUGUCUAAAAUCAGCCUCAACUGUUUCUUUUAGACUUGAAAAUGUGGCCAAAAGCAAUGCGAUCAGAGUAGAUGAGAAUGCUCAGGAAUUCCAGGAAGGCAGAGAAGCAGCUUUGCAGAUAAUGACGCUGCUGGAUGGAAAGGACCUGUCUCAAAUGAAGGAGAAAUAUGUGCCCUGUCAGGGGAAACUGUGGCAUGACUGGUCCCAGAAAAACAAGGAACUACACAGACUUCAAGGGGUCAAUUUAGAAAAGCAAAAGUGUAGAAAACACACUGAAAUGAAACAGAUUCGUCAGCAAUAGCAUAAGAAUGGGCUCGCAGAAUUUAUGGAGUUCUUCAUUCACACACUGACUUCAACCACAGAGAAUAAGAAAAACUUUUUCCUGAAAUUGCUUGGGAUCCUGCUGGACAACUGCACUGCAGAUAAUCUACUUCAUCUUCCUCAUGCAUGUGAUGAAAAAUCCUCAGUGGAUUCAGACCUUAGAAAACAGGAUAAAUCCAAAAAAAUAAAUGAAUGCAAAAUCAAACAAAUUAAUGCUACAGCGUUUGGUUUGGAACACAUACUCAGGGAGAUAGGUCAGAUAUAUGAGUCAUCAAUGUUUAUACAAACCAGCCAAAAUGACAAGGAAAUAGAUGACUUCUCAUUUCUCCCCAAGCUUGUAGCAAAGAUCAUGUUGUCAGGAUAUCCACUGGAGUUGAUGGAUGGUGAUGCUGCUCAUGUUCCUCUGAUGUGGAUUUCAGCAGUUCUAGAUGAACUUAUCAAGAUCAUGGGAGACCAGAGAGUCUUUGUGCUGUCAGUCUUGGGGAUCCAGAGUUCUGGGAAAUCCACCAUGCUGAAUGUCAUGUUUGGACUCCAGUUUGCAGUCAGUGCAGGUAGGUGCACCAGAGGAGCCUUCAUGCAGCUGGUCAAAGUGUCAGAGGAGAUGAAGGAAGAACUGAAGUUUGACUGCAUUCUAGUUGUUGAUACUGAAGGGCUUCGAUCAAUUGAGCAUGCAGAGACAUCUACAAGGCAUCAUGACAAUAAACUUGCCACAUUUGUCAUAGGUCUUGGAAAUAUGACUUUGGUCAACAUUUUUGGAGAGAACCCUGCUGAGAUGCAGGACAUCCUUCAGAUUGUUGUUCAGGCCUUGCUAAGGAUGAAGAAAGUCAGACUGAACCCCAGCUGCAUGUUUGUGCAUCAGAAUGUUGGUGAUAUUUCAGCUGGUGAGAAAAACAUGGAAGGAAGGAGAUGCUUGCAGGAGAAACUGGAUGAAAUGACAAAACUGGCUGCCAAAGAAGAAGACAGUGAAGCUAAGUGUUUCAGUGAUGUCAUCACAUUCAGUGUACAAGAGGAUGUGAUGUAUUUUGCACAGCUGUGGGAGGGUAGCCCCCCCAUGGCACCACCAAACCCAUACUACAGUGGAAACAUUCAAGAGCUAAAGGGAAACAUUCUCUCAAAAAUGUCAGCAUCUUAUGUUUGGAAACUGUCACAAUUCAAAUCCCAUAUUAGCAAUCUAUGGAAUGCUAUUCUGAAUGAAAAUUUUGUGUUUAGCUUCAGAAAUACUCUAGAGGUGGCAGCGUACAGGAAAUUGGAGCAUGAGUACAGUAAAUGUACUUGGAGUCUAAGGAGUACCAUGUUGGCAAUUGAGAACAAACUACAUAACAGGGUCAUUAAUAAUUUUUCUUUAAAGGUUGAGGAAAAAGAUAUAGUGGAGGAAAUAAAAGAGACAAAGACAGGUGUGGAAAAGUCAAUCAAGAAUAUCUUUGAUGAAGACCAAGAUAAAGAAAUUUUGAUCCAGUGGCAAGAAAGAUUUGAGAAAAAAAUUGAAGGUCUUCAUUAUGACCUUGUGAAAGAAACAAAGAGAAGGCUGGAUGAAGUUACUCAGUUGAAAUUAGCAAGAGAAAAGGUAGACUGUGAAAAGUCAAAUAAUGAGAAUGAGCUUUUUAAAUUGAGCAAAGAGCUUGCAUAUAGUAUGAAAAAUAAAGGAAUGGAUGAAGAUGACCUGAAGAAAGAAUUUGAAAAUGUGUGGUCCAACUGGGUCAUGAAGCUCACACAAAACACACCAUCCCUUGGAGACAUUGAUUUCUGGACUGAUGUCACACGGGCAAUUUCAGAAACCUAUGAACUACAUUUUGUUUGUGAGCGACAAAAUCAGGCUGUGUAUAAAAACAUUGACACCAUAGGAUAUUAUACAGACUACAUUAUUCUUAGCAAAAACCAAGAGAUUUGUCAAGAAAAUCCACAAUCAACAGUGAAACAUAUACAGGAAGAUGAAAUUAAGAUUACUGUCAAUGUUCAUGAUUAUACAGUCAAAUGUGACAUGUAUGGUCCAUCAGAAGAGAACUGCAGAACGAGUACCUUAAGAGAAGUUAACAGCUCAUUAAGCCUUCUAACUGAACGCAUUAUCAAAGAAGCUAAACAAGAGAUUCAGAGGAAACCCAUUGUAGAACGUGGAUACAAUCACAUCUACAUUCCAGAAAUAAUUGCCUCUAUUAAAAAUAAAGUAAAAGAGCAUGAAUCUAAGAUCUAUAAAUAUAAACUCAAAAGGGAAUUCACAGUAGAUCUAUGCCUCUAUGUGUGUACCUUUGCUGUUGACCAAUUUGCUGGCCUAUACAAGAAAUUCAAGGAAGACAAUGAUGUAAGAGAGUAUUUGAAGAGGCAGCAGUCUCAGUACUUCAACAUCUUCAAGAACUACUGCAGAGGUGCAACCUCUACAGCUGUGUUUGGUGAGUUCAUUGUGGAGAAACUUGAGCCUUCCAUCCUGCAGGCAGCAUAUGAUCAAACUGCCAUUGAUCUGACUGAGAAAAUGAAAUGUGAAGUUCCAGCCUUUAGUGGAAACCGGUCGAACCUAGAAAAACACAUUCUGACAUCACUAGCUGAAGAGGAGAAUUUUGAGAAUUAUAUAGAAUACAUUCACAAACCCAAAGAGCAUUUUAAUGGCUUCAUUACAAAGGAGGUAAACAACUACAUUUUUAAAGAAAAUUGUCCAGAAGCUCUGAAAACUAUCAAAACUAACAUCAAAUCUAAGGGAAAGUGUGUUAUAGAUGCUGUGAAUGAAACAACAAAGGAAGUCAAAAACAAUGAUGGCGAUAUCAACAUUUGGCUGCAGUAUUUAUCCAGAAAACUAAAAGAUGAAGUUCAAUUUAAAGAAAAAUCUUGUAUCAAUCAGAAUGAAAUUACAGACCUUGACUUUCUUCAAAAUGUUGUAAAUAAAGGUCUAACUAGCAGCAUGUUAAAACUAUGCAAUAGCAUUAUAUGCAGUUCUGACCUCAGACUGGAAAUGUUCAGGAAAAAACCUGAUCAGAUUCUAAUAGAGCAUCUGUGCCGAUGCUGCUGGGUGCAGUGUCCAUUCUGUAAUGCUAUCUGCACCAACACAAUGGAGGACCACGCUGGAGAUCACAUGGUCAAUUUCCAUCGCAACUGUAGAACCAAUGGUGCCAGAUGGAACAUCACUCCUGAUAACUCUGAGAUGCCAUACUGGAAGUGGUUUGUUUGCAGGUUUCAGGAAGACCUGGAAAAGCAUUACAAGAAACAGUUCAAGGGCCCUGGGGAGAUUCCAGAUGAAUGGAAGACCUGUACUAAAGAUGAAGCUAUUAGAAGCUUAAAUGUGUUGUAG